AUGACGGUGAGUGAUAAGAAAACUUCUUACAGCAAUGCGACGUCAUCAGCUGCAGUGGCGACCGUAACCACAGCAUCUGCCGAUUCGGUUGCUAAUGACACUAAUACGACAUCAACAAUGAUGAUAACGUCCAGUGCCAACUCUACAUCAUCCCUCAUGUCGUCAUCCUCUUUUUCACAAAUGACUACUGCACCCUUUUCCACUACGACGACAACCACAUCCACCACCACCACAACGACUACUACUUUCUCAAUUGCCAACACACCUAUUCCGAGUGUGAAAAUUAAGAAUGUGAGCAGUCAGAGGAGUAGGAUAGAAUACAGCAGCAGCAGCAGCAGUAGUAACAGUGCACAGAACAACACCGCAUCAUCAUCUACUACAUCCAACAAUGCUUCCAACGAUAGCUUAAAAUCAAAAUAUUCACACAACAAUGACGCUAACAACAACACUAACAACAACGGUAAAACAUCAAAUAAGUGGAAAACUUCUUCAGAUGGAAACAGACAUAAUUCUACCAGCAACAGCAACAACAAUAAAAACAACAACAUUGACAAUAACAUGGAUUCGUCAUCAUCGGCAACUUCAUUGUCGUCAUCGUCUCAGCAACACAUCUCAACAUCCACGUCAUCAUCAUUAUACGCGUCGUCGUCAACGUCAUUGUCAGCUGGUUGUAGCAGCAGCCACAGCAGCAACGGCAGUAGCAGCAACAACUUGAACGAUGUAGCCACAGAAACUAGUGACAUCUCUGUAAUGACAGACUCAGAUCAUCUGGGUCCAUGCGAGCCUGGCACUUCUGUCGUCUUGGAGGGCAUUGUCUGGAGUGAAUCAAAUAGUGGUUAG